AUGAGGCCUGACAUUGCCUACUCAGUUAAUCAACUCUGCCAACACAUGCACAACCCCACUUUUGUCUACUUCACAACAGCAAAGAGAGUACUCAGAUAUCUCAAGGGUUUAGUGGAUUAUGGCCUCUAUUAUUGCAAAAGUCCUCUUAUCCUCAAUGUCUUUUAUGAUGCUGAUUGGGCAGGCAACCCUAAUGAUAGGUGCUCCACCUCUGGAUAUGGCAUAUUCCUUGUCUUUAAUCUCCUCUCCUGGUCAGCGAAGAAGCAAAGUGUGGUUUCCCGCUCCAGUACAGAAGCUAAAUAUCAUUCCAUGUGCCUCACCACUGCUAAAAUGUACUGA